CGGUUACCCAGGUGACUGCAGCAAACAAUGCCGAAAAACGCGCGUGUGACACUUUGCUACGGACCUUAUGAAUCCAGUGGAAUGGUUAAACACAGGACCUUCCGCCUGCAGGGUCUCCAGGCCGCUCUGGAGGCGCGCGGGCACCAGUGCGUCUUGGAGGAAACGCGCGAGUGGAACAUGGUGGAGCUCGUGGUCAACGGGGAGCUCGUCUUCAGCUGUAACAUACAGCAGCUGGAGUUUGGUGGAGAUGGACAGCUGGACCCUGUCUGUAAAGAGGCUGUGACUGCUGUGGAGAACGCUUACUGAAGAUGACAGAAAACAAACACCCAUGUGUAUAUUUGCUAUUUUCUUAUUCAAUAACCCAGACAACAGUUACUUUUAUAUAUAAAUAAAUUUCUGCUUUUUUAUCUGAGUUGCUUCAUGCUGUUGGUGAUGGGUUUAACAGCGCUGACAGUAGGCCUACAUUAUUGCAAGGCUGCUGCCCCUGGGCCCCAGAAGUUGCACACUAACUGUAUGUGAUUUGGUAUUGCAGAUCUGUAAGGGAAUUUACAUCAUUAAUGUGCACUACAGUGGGACUUGCAUCAUUAUCUUGUGGGCCAGUCUUUUUUAGAGGGGCCUUUGUCAAAAUAAGGUUUUAACACAUUCAUUGUGUAAGCUUAUAUUGCACUCAUCUGGUGCAUAUUCCAGGGUUAUGUUUAGGUCUACUUUUUGCUUACUCCUACAUUAUGUUUAGUUAGGACAAAUUCACUUUUGGGGCAGCAGAAGCUUAGCCUAUAGGAACUUGAGUUGGAAAACAGAGGGUGGCAUGGCAGGUGGAAAAGUGCCAGUUUGCCUCCCAGACAUUACCCUUGAGCAAGAAACCAACCCCCCACCUACUCCAUGGGCAGCCCUCUCUGGCUUAUUAUUUAAUGCAUAGGGGCUGUUUGUGCAUGUGUGUGUAUUUCAAGCCAGACAACACAGUAAAAACAUUGAGUUUCCCCUCACGGAUUAAUGAAGUAUAUCUCCAAGUAUUUCUCUUCUUCUUCUUCUAAUUGACUCACAGUUGUAUAACUCCAGCACAUUUACAAGAUGAUUUCUGGGUUUCUGGGCGAACAACAAAUAUGCCAUGUGCAGUCCACUGUGGGUACUUUAAUCAAAGGUAUACUAUACAGGACUUUCCUAAAAAACAAAGUAUACACUGAUACAGAAGUAAUCCUUUUUAAUCAUUACUUAUGACCCACUAGAAGUGUGUUGUUGUGUAUUUAUCUACAGAGACUCUGCCUGUAUUUUCUUACUUUCUGUGUUAGGGACGCUUAUGGGUGUGUACCCCCACAGCUCUCAAGUGAGGUCAGAGCUUUGUAAAAAGGUAGCCAUGAUUGUCCAUGAUUUACCACUGACAGUGUGUGAUUCUGGAUUCUGUGUGUUAUGUAUUGUAAUGUCUGUUUUGUUGUACUUAUGACCCCUGUCUGUAUCUCAAAUUGCCCCUCUGAGGACAUUAAAGUUUUAC